UGAGGUCACCAUCACACCUGCCUGCAUGGCGCUGGGUGUGGGCGGGGCUUGUUGAGUCCUCUCUGUAUAAAUAGCCGUGUCCCUUUGGGGGAAGCAUUAGCAGCCCUGCUGAGCUCCCACCAACACCUCUGGAACCAUGCUCAGCUCUCUCCUGCGCUCAGCGCUCGUGUUGGCGGCGGUCUGCUGUCUUACAUAUGCAGAGAGCGUCAUCACUUGUGAGGGCCGGAUGCAGCGACUGAGUUGUGAUCACGGAGUGGUCAGUGUGCUCACAGUGGCCUACGGACGGACUGACAGACAGACCUGCAGUGAGGGCAAACCUUCAGGACAGCUGGCAAACACUGCAUGCUCUCAAACAGGUGCUCUGGAAGCCCUUGCAACCUGGUGUAACGGUACGAAAGUCUGUGAGGUGGACAAAGAGAUCUUCGGUGGCGACACCUGCCCUGACACCUACAAAUACAUCCAAACCACGUACACCUGCCUCCCUGCACGUCAUGUCGUCGCCUGUGAGAAUAAGGAGGCGGAACUCUCCUGUGACAACGGCCAGACGAUAGCGCUCAUUGGAGCGUUCUAUGGGCGCGCCGACCGAAUCACCUGUACACAAGAUGCUCCUCCCGGGACAUCCAAUAAAAUCGACUGCUUUACUCGUACUGCGAACAGAGUUGUAGCUGAAAGGUGUAACGGUGAAAGCAGUUGUAGCGUCUCUGCGGUGAACUCAGUGUUUCAGGAUCCCUGCCCAGGAACCUUCAAGUACCUGGAAGUGGCUUAUACGUGUGAAUGUAAGCAACGUUUCCUACAAUGUGGAUUUAGCCUUCUAGAGUUUAGCCUUCUAGCCUACUAAUAGAACCUGUUGGCCACCAAACCGUUCUUCAUA